UACAAUUGUCUAUAGUAAUUAAGCAAUUGAUCAUUAUAUAUAGAUACUUGUCCUAAUAUCUAUACAGAGUGUGUUUGGUAAUGGCGUAUAUAUGAUUUGGACCGGAGAAGAGCCUAUAAAGAACCGUAAAACGAUUUAUUUUCUAGAUACUGGAUCUGUAUUUGCACGAUGUUGAUGUUUUGCCCAACAUGUGGCAAUGUGCUCCGAGUAGAAGAAGCUGUCGCAGGAUUGCGUUUCGCGUGUAACACGUGUCCAUACAUAUUCAAUAUCGUGAGAAGAGUAAGCAGUCGUACGUAUCCAAAAUUAAAGGAGGUUGAUGAUGUAUUAGGUGGAAGCGCAGCUUGGGAGAACGUCGACUCUACUGAAGAAAGGUGUCCAAAGUGCUCUAAUCCUAGAGCAUAUUUCAUGCAGAUACAGACCAGAUCCGCCGACGAGCCUAUGACAACAUUUUACAAAUGUUGCAAUCCUCAAUGUGGUCACAAUUGGCGCGACUAA